UAAAGAAACCCAAACAGAAGCAAAAAAGGGGCUCUCUAUCUCUCGCUAUAAUCAAGCUACUUUUGAACCAAGCAGUCACGAGACACCCCUGAAGCUUUUUCCUUUGAAUUCAUCUUUAUGCUGCUAAACGACCUAAUCCUCCUUAUCCAUCCUAUUAGGAGAAACCGUGAAAACUGCUUCUUCUUCUUCUUCUUCUUCUCUCUUUCUCAUCAGAAUUUCCUUCUUUUUCUUUUUCUUUUUCUUCAUGAAACUUCCCUUCGUUUUGGUUCCUAUUCCUUAAACAAUGAAAUACCUGCGUUCCUCUCUGUUUCUAAUUCUUAUGUCCUCUAAGAAUUUUUAUCCUUCACAACUCUGAUAAAACCAAAGGGUCUUAUUUGAACUCGUAAAUGAAUCAUUUUGAUACAUAUUUUUCAUUUUUCGUUGGAGCCCAUGUUUCGGAAUCGGUUCAUGCACUUCCUGAAAUCGAUUCACACAUUCAGAAGGAAGAUUCCUUUUGACUGACUGUUUUGAAUAUCAUUCACACACACACAACCGUUUCAAAGACAUGAACUUCGCUAGAGCUUCAAUGGCGGGUUCAUGUUUUCAUGCGCUUCGCUUAAGGAGGUCUAAGAGUAAACCUUUACCAGAGCCUUCUUCUUCUUCGUCCAAGACCCGGUUGAAUUCAGACUUAGAGAACAUGGAAAGAAAGAGAUUUGAUAGCUUGGAAUCAUGGUCAAUGAUAUUGGACUCUGAGAAUGUGGAGACAUGGGAAGCUUCAAAGGAGGAUCAGGAGGAAUGGACUGCUGAUCUUUCACAACUUUUCAUAGGUAACAAGUUUGCUUCUGGGGCUCACAGUAGGAUUUACCGUGGAAUUUACAAGCAGAGAGCUGUUGCUGUGAAAAUGGUGAGGAUUCCAACCCAGAACCACGAGAGAAGAACCUUGCUAGAACAACAAUUCAAAUCUGAAGUUGCUUUACUUUCACGUCUCUUUCAUCCUAACAUAGUGCAGUUUAUUGCAGCUUGUAAAAAACCGCCCGUGUACUGUAUCAUAACAGAAUACAUGUCACAAGGAACUCUGAGGAUGUAUCUGAACAAGAAAGAGCCAUACUCUCUUUCAAUAGAAACUAUACUAAGGUUAGCUCUUGACAUAUCUAGGGGUAUGGAGUACCUUCAUUCGCAAGGUGUGAUUCACAGAGACCUCAAGUCAAAUAACUUGCUUCUCAAUGAUGAGAUGAGGGUUAAGGUGGCAGAUUUUGGAACAUCAUGUCUUGAAACACGAUGUCGGGAGACCAAAGGAAACAUGGGAACAUAUCGUUGGAUGGCACCUGAGAUGGUUAAGGAAAAACCUUAUACUCGUAAAGUUGAUGUGUAUAGUUUUGGCAUUGUGCUUUGGGAACUCACAACCGCUCUCCUUCCUUUCCAAGGAAUGACCCCUGUACAAGCUGCUUUUGCUGUUUCUGAGAAGAACGAAAGGCCUCCUCUGCCUGCUAGUUGUCAACCAGCACUUGCUCAUCUCAUAAAGCGUUGUUGGUCAGCAAAUCCUUCGAAGCGACCAGAUUUCAGUGACAUUGUGUCUACUUUGGAGAAGUACGAUGAGUGUGUUAAGGAGGGUCUACCUCUGACUCAUCAUUCGGGUCUUGUUAGCCGAAACGUCAUUAUAAAACGCUUAAAAGGCUGCGUCUCAAUGAGGUCCUCCGUACUUGUGCAAGCUUGAUUCUCCUCUCUAAGGUAUUCUUGUUUGUCUUCCAUAUUCAAUAAUGCCCAUCUACACAACAAGUCUAGUACAUAAUUAAUCAUACACUUGAAUUGCUUAAACUCAUAAAAGCCCACAUGUACAGUUAUAUUUAUAUGCUAUGUUGUUGGAUGGGAAAAAAAAAAAGUGCAACAUUUUUUUUUUUAACAUUAUUGUCUAUAUAACUAGCAGCAAACCGAAAUCUGAAGCUCACCAACCACCAACUACAAGAAGCUAACUAAAUCCAGCAACAGCGUCCAUCCACCAAACAACAUGAAAGCAAAGUUGUACUACUGCAUUUGACAUUCUACCUACCACAAAACGCUGACAUUAGAUUAAAAACUACACUAUUGUUGGAAACCUUCCUUCUCCUUGUCUUACAUGUUAAUUUCCACCUUCAAUAAGUAAAUACCCUGUGAGGUUAACUAUACAAUAUUUGCACAUUAAGUGGGAGCUUCAGUUAAUCGAAUUAAUAAAUUCCUUUUGCGGCGGUUACUCGGAUGAAUGAUUAAAUUUUCCCUUUAAUAGGGAUUGAAGGACUUAGAUAUAGGAGAUCGCUAUUUCCAAUUGGGUAAGAUUACGUGCUUUGAAUGCAAAAAUAGACUGUGAUAGCGUCACACACUAUUGCAGGAAAUUAGGUCAACCGAUUGCGGUGAAGGCUUGGAUAAUUUGUAUGAGAUUAUUUUAUACAACAAAAAUUAGGUCAACCCACUUAAUAUUUUUGUGUUAAGAGAACUUAAGAUUCAUACGGAGUCAUAAGUUUGUACUUAUUAUGUGUAAUAAUUGUAAAUUUGUAACCGUAGUUUCAUGUAAGUAGUACAUUCACAGAAGUAUGGCUUGUUCCUCUAGAUGGUGGGCCUUGCUUUGCUUUUAUGAUUGCCCUUCUGUUCCCUUUCCUUGAGGAUGUUGUGCUUCUCAUUUUCUAUACAUAAAUGAGAAA